AACCAGAUGAAAAAGCCCUUUGACAAUAUUCCUAAACAACCACUAGGACUACUGAACUCAGAAACACAGCAAGAGAUUAUAUUUGAAACAUGUCUCAGAGUGACUUCCUCUAUCCAGAGAAUCCACGGAGAAGGCAGGAAGUAAACCGUCUUCACCAGCAGCUUCUUGACAGUUUAUCUGAUAGCUUCCAUGCUACUAAUAAGCUGAUUGAGGUCUUAAACAUGCACUUGGGGUGCAAGUUGGCCUCCAUCGAGAUGAAAAGAGAUGGGACCAUCAAAGAAAACUGUGAUAUCAUCAUCCAAGCCAUGAUGAAAAUCCAAACUGAACUGCAAAAGGUUGAUGAAGCACUGAAAGAUAAGCUAGAGCCAACCCUCUACAGAAAACUUCAGGAUAUUAAAGAAAGGGAAACAGAGAAAAUUGCAAUAGUACAAAAGGUCAUUUCAGUCAUCCUGGGAGAAGCUACUUCUGCAGCCAGUGCAGUAGCUGUUAAACUUGUGGGCUCAAACGUCACAACUGGCAUCAUUAACAAGCUGGUCACUGUGUUAGCUCAAAUUGGUGCUUCUCUCCUUGGUAGUAUAGGAGUUGCCGUUCUUGGCCUUGGCAUAGAUAUGAUCUUCCGUGCCAUCCUGGGAGCAGUGGAGAAAACGCAGCUUGAAGCAGCCAUUAAAAGUUAUGAGAAGCAUCUGGUGGAAUUCAAGUCAGCUUCAGAAAAGUAUCAUCAUGCCAUUACUGAGGUCACCAACACGGUGAAACACCAAAUGAAAUGAACAGCCACGGUGCCACUGGAAUAUUUUUCUGUGUCUCAAUAAUAGUGUUUUGCUUCUUAGAUUGGUUCAUUUUCCGUUAAGUUUCCAACAUG